UCCAGGGCAGAGAAAACACCUGGAGACAAAGCUGUAAGGGACUGUCUCUUCAAGGAGCACAUGCUCAAGCUAACAUGGAUACCAUCUUGGUUUUCAGCCUGAUUAUUACAUCCUAUGAUGCCAACAAGGAAGAACCCAGAGGUAGCAGUUGCCAAGUGGAAGAGCUCCCUGGGCUCUUUCCAAAGGAUGUGAGAAGCAACAGGGGUAUGCUAAUGCCAGAAGCUCAGGCAGAAGCCAACAGAUCCACCUUCAUUCAAAAUCUGACUGUGGCUACCCUGCAGUGCCUUAGCUCUGGGAGGAAAGUGAGACUCAACCUUGUGCAUUCAGAGGAAAGGCCAAAAGUCAAGCACACUCUAAAGAACCUGAGAGUCAUCGCUGCUCCUCACAGGAACAGCUCUGCCUUCCCCAGCUGUCACCUAACCCUCACAUCCAAGUCUCAGACUGGAUCCCUUCUAACGGGCAAAGCUUUUUUACCAGGGACCUCCAAAUGUAAGGUCUAUUCAGUGAUGACAGCUUCGUCAGAGACCUUUCCCACUGCUACCACCUCCAUAACUCCAGGGAACAAAGGAAAGAAAACUACAAGUUUUGAUGAUUUGUCUAGCUCUUUGACACAAGACACAGACAAGGACCUAGAGAAGAGGUGGAAAUGGAGCAUUGUGGUCAAAUUUCUGAUUGCUGUCACUCUGUUGCUCAGUGCAUUUGCCAUUACAGUGUUUGUCAUUUUUGAAGUCCCAUGUCCUAGUCAAUGCCUGAGAGCCAGAGAGCUAUGCCAAUGCCCGCGCCUGUGGAGAAAGCAGAGGGAGGAAGGCCAACAACCUGAGGCAGCUGAAUCACAGCCUGCCUCUCAGCCGGAGAAGGUUGGACAAAAUGCUCCCAACUCAAGCUCAAAGAAAGCUGCAGGGAUCACUGUUAUCCACCAGACAUACUUCUGAAAAGUUCUGCUUUGCCUCAUACUCUACAUUCUCCCUAUUAUUAAUCAAGAUAGGCAGAUUCUUGCCAAUUCUACACUCAUAUCUUCAGUAAGAACAUUACAAUAAAAAGGUAAUGCCAGGCCAAUGAAGGGGGAGCCUGGGCUUAGUGGUCACUAGCCUCUGGGAUUUACUCUGGACCUCCACAAAAAUGGGUGUCUUCUCAUCCCAUCAAAUGGAAACAGGAAGUCUCCCCUCUAAGCACUGUGAAUGGGCCUAUUGCUCCCUUUGACAAAAGGUUUAAACAGAGCCUCCUACAAACAGGGCAAAGCAGCCACAAGUGUGGCACAGUUCACCGGCUGCUCUGUUAUCUUCCCUGCUGACUUCGUGCUCACUGGCUCUCAGCUUGGCUUAGGGGGGUUUUCGGUUUUCUCAAGGCUGACAGUCAGUCAUAAGGUUUUAUGAUUUAGCCUCUGCUAAAUCACAAGUAACUAGCAACACACUGGUGAAGGGAAUGUGAAUUUAAGCAGUCUGAAUGGCCUCCUCAGAAAUCUCUAAAGGCUUAGACACUGCAUACUAAUAGCACCCAGAUGAGGUCUCCUGAUGACCCGGAGCUCCUGAAGUGGGUCUGACACUGUACCCUACCAUAACAGUGGGCUGCAUGCACUUUGAAGAGGAUGCCAGAGCAAAAGGAUUAUGAUGAUCUUUCUCAUGGAAGCACAGGUGCAAGUAAAGUCUGAGCUGCUUAAGUAAGAGCUUGACCAAAAAAAAAAAAUAAUAAAAGUAUAAAGAGCUGAUGUUAAAGCAGGAUUUAGGUUAAAGAGAGAGAGAGAGAGAGAGAGAGAAUGGUAGGAGGGACAAAAUUGUUGUCCUGCCUCUUUUCAUAAGGGGCUAAAACCAUUCCAUUUUGUUCGGGUGAGAAGUGCCUGUUUCUAAGUAAUUGUUUUCUUAGUUCUCUGGUAAAAACCAUAUACAACUUGUAGCCUUCUUUCAUUCACUUCAAGUAUUUCCAAAAAAUAAAAAUAGUGGUUCUCAAAGCUGUACCAACAGAGGAAUAUAUCUCGCCAUAAGCCCUGAAUUAACAUUCAAGCCAAGCCUGGAAGAGAUGGAACAGAUUCAAAGCCAGAAUGAUGGUAGUUUUCACAGAAGCCCUAGAAAUCUUCUAGGCAUCCUAAAGUUCUAUAGAGCCUGGGAAACAUAGCAGGUAAAAAUGACAAAGCACUGGCCUUGCACUUGGAUAAAUGAGUAUAUUAUAUGGACCCUUCCACUGAUUCACUUGACCUCCAGCUUAGCCUGCCACCUGUGGUUCAGUCUGACUGUGAAAUAGAAAAAAGAGAAGAAAGUUUGUUGCUCCCCAAACCAUGAGGAAGGAUGAUUAGAAGCAUUCUAUAUUCAGAAGCUCGUGGUCCAGGACUGAUGUCUAUACUCAUCCACACCUUCCCCAGCUUCGCCUACCACAGAAGGUCCUUCAAUCCAGAACAGGAAAUUUCUCAGGAGAUGAAACCUGGGGCAAAGUCAACAUUUAUUAAGUCUUCUGCAAGAGUAUAAUUUGUGUAACAUUUAUAGUGACUUUACAGAAACUCACUGAUGGGAUCAAAAUUAUUUAUCUUGUUUUGGGGACAACUUGUUUCCGCUAAGGCAAGGAGCUGCUGAGGAUUCUCUGACUCCCUAAUCAGUCAAUCACUUUGAACCCCAUGUUCUCUUAAAGUGAAGACCUUUGGAAACCAAGGGAUGGAUGGGACACAGAGCAGAAGGGAAGGGAAAACUCCCAUGUGGACUUUGGGAUGGGCACCUCUGUCUGCAGAUCACUUCAUGGCAGGACACAGUUCUCCCUGUCACCACUAGAGUAAGUUAUAGUCUGGAUUUGAUGAAACACUGUUUCAAUGGAGUGUCAACUAUUCCUCUGGGAAGUGACUAGUUAGCAAGGUUUUUAUUGCAAAUUCUUUCUCAUUAAGUUGCCACCCUUUGUUUUUCAAUUAUUAAAGUACAUUUUGUUAUAA